AGCGGACAUUUCGCUAACGGCUGUGCUUCUCACUUCCCUUUCUCUCUUCGCUGCCUUCUCGUUUCUUCUCUUCUGCUUCCUCUGCUCUCUUCUUCCUUCUUUACUUCUCUUGUCUUCUCAAUCAUUUGGUUAUGGGUUUGUAGCUUAACAAUUUCCUUUUCUGUUUCGCAAUUGUAAUUUGAAUUGAAAGUGUUGAAUUAAUAAAAUUCUCACGUUGCUAUUAAGUUUUUGCUAAUUCUGUCUUUACUUCCUGAGUACGUUACAAUUGGUAUCAGAGCUUAAUCUUGGCACCUUUCGGAGCUGGCAGCCAUGGCAGAAGAAAACGUAUUUGAGGAUUUUGCAAAGACAAUUCAAUCUGCUGGUGUUCGAAUGGGGGCAAACUUUGAUAAAUUGGGUAAGGGAUUGGAUGAAUUAAAUCAGAAAGUGGACAAAAUAUUGGAGAUGCUUGGAAUCAGUCUGGAAGAUAAGGUAACUGAUUAUCAUGUAGAAAGUGCAAGAAAGGAAAUAGAAGUUGGAGAAUCUGGUGAUCAAGAGCUUCCAUCAAUUGACGGUAUCUUAAGAUCAGUUGAUGCGCCUAAUGAACCUAUGGUAGAACCCAUGAAGCUUGAAGAUGCCUCUGUUGGAAAAUGUUUAAGCCUCAAGCAAAUUGAGGCAAGGAACAAAAUUUUCCUACCUCCAGCUGAAAUUGUCGGGAAGUUAGAGUCAACCAAACAUGCCGAAAUUGAGGUGGUUGAUUGUGAACUGUUUGGUGAAGAUGCCAAUCGAGAUCAUGCAGAUACCAAUAUUACCGGGGACUCUUGUUUUGAGGGUUGUGAAUGCUUUAGGUAUUCUCGAAAUCAAAUGCUGAAACUGAGGAAGGUGGUUAGCAUUUCCGAUGAUAUUCUUGAUAUCAAACAAGAAUUUCCUCUACUGUUUGGUGAAAAUGCCCAUCGAGGUUGUCCAGAUUCCAAUGCGCAGGUCCAGUCUCAGACUCUUUUUUCCGAGCCACAGUUUGCAAGAACUCCAGUAUCUCUCAAUCCAGGGCGAGGACCUGCUCCUGCUCUUAUCAAGGCAGAGCUGGCAUCGUCAGCAGCUCGAAGAAGCAAUCUUUCUGACGACUAUUGUGUCUUGAAGACUGUGAUGGGUAUACUCAACAACCCGACUCUGAAAAGGUUUGAUCUUCUUAAAAGUCAAUUGAUAAUUACAGGGAUAACUAGUGCAGACAUUCUAAAGGGUGUUGUUACCUUGAUAUUUGACAAGGCUGUACUAGAACCAACAUUUUGCCCGACGUAUGCCCGACUGUUUUUUGAUCUCAAUAAAAUGCCUCCAUUUCCUUUUGAUGAAUCUGGUCGCAGAGAGAUUAUGCUCAAGUAUGUUCUAUUGAAUAAUUGUCAGAAGACAUUUGAAGGUGCUGACAAUCUGCAAGCAGAGGCGAGGCAAAUGACAGCACCGGAGCAGGAGUCAGAUCGCAAGGACAAAGAAAAGUUGAUCAAACUGCGAACUCUUGGCAAUAUACGGCUUACUGGAGAGAUUUUUAAGCUUAGGAUGGUCAGCAAAAAUAUUAUUCAUCGCAUUGUUAAGGAACUGUUAAUAAACAAUCACAAAUGUUGUCUGGCAGAAGAGAAUGUUGAAGCCAGUUGCCAGUUACUCAUCAACAUUGGCAAGCUGCUUGAUAAGAGCCAAGAUUCAAGGGAGAACAUCGAUGUUUACUUUGACUGCUUGAAGAAACUGUCGACAAAUCCUCAGUUGGCUCCACGACUGAGGGUUAUGGUUUGCGAUGUGCUGGAUUUACGUGCCAAUAACUGGGUUCCUAAGCCGAUUUUAGUUCUGUAAUAGCUUGACGAGCUAAACCAAACUUGCCAUUUUCCUUUGAGCCAGCAUAAACAAACUUAUCAGAAGCUCGUUUGUUUUUAUUUUAUGUAUAGAUCAUGGACAUUAAUGUUGGAUGUCACAGCGCAUAGAUGUUUUAACCUACAUUUACAUUGAAGAGCAAAGUAGAUCAUAACU